UCCCUUCCAGGGCGGUCGAGAUUUUCUAGAGUGGCAGAUCGCCAAUUACUUGCCUACCUACAUUUUGAUGUACACGAUCAACCUACACGAAUUGUUCCCGACAUAACCCCUUGAUUACAUUCCUCUCCCUCGCUUGGAUCACUUGCGUUCCAGAUUGAAUCGAACGGGAGUCCAUAAUGGGUGUCGCAAAGAAGACGCGCAAGUUUGCGCAGGUUAAGCGCAUAAUAUCGCGGCGCGACGCCCGGCUCAAAGUUAACCAAGAGAAGAACGCCAAAGCGGUCGCCGAAGCCAAGCCCAAGCCCGCCUCGGACGAGGUAGCGCGCCGCGAGGUCCCGCAGCUGCCCUCGCAGCUCUUCUUCCAACACAACGAGGCCCUCGUGCCGCCCUACAGCGUCCUCGUCGAUACGAAUUUCUUGUCGCACACCGUGCAGCGAAAGCUGCCACUUCUAGAGAGUAUGAUGGACUGUCUAUACGCCAAGUGUACACCCAUCAUCACGAGCUGCGUCAUGGCCGAGUUGGAGAAGCUGGGUCCCAAGUACCGAAUCGCCUUGCGGAUUGCGCGCGACGAGCGCUGGGAGCGGCUGCAAUGCGAUCACAAGGGCGUGUAUGCUGAUGACUGUAUAGUAGACCGUAUCAUGAAACAUCGUAUAUACAUCGUCGCCACCAACGACAAGGACCUCUGUAGACGGAUACGCAAGAUCCCCGGUGUCCCUAUCAUGAACGUCGCUCGAGGGAAAUAUGUAAUUGAGAGGCUACCUGGUGCUCCGCAGUAACCAGAGUCCGGGGAACAUACGAGUUAUGCAUAUGCAUUUGAGGCACACAUUUCGGCGUUUAGGCAAAGACUUCAGCUAGAGUUUACGGCAUACCACAACGGCGUUUCGAGGU